CCACCCGCCAUGUUGUAAUGACGUCAUAACCCCGCGUCGCCGACGGACUUGUCAAACCCUUUUUUUGGUACUGGAGCUCGAAAACAAAGCUUUAAAAGUCCCCCGUUUGCCUUUUUCCCGUAGUCCAACUUGACGUAAUGAGCAACUAAACACCACAUAAACGCCGACGAAUUAAGCCCGAAGUACCAACAAGGCGCCUGCUGUGUCGUGCAGAUAUGGGGGCAGUGAUAUCGCGAUGGAAAAAGACCAAACCUACCACUGUGGAGCAGCUAGAGAACCUGGACAAGGAGAUUACAAACCUGGAAGAGUUUCAAGCCAAAAACCAGCGACUUCAAAAGCUGUGGGUGGGCCGGCUGCUCAUCUACUCGUCCGUCCUUUACCUGCUGACCUGCCUGGUGGUCUACUGCCUCUACCUGCCUGAGCCAUGGCUGCACAGACUAGCCAUGGCCCUGCCCUUCUUCAUAUACCCUGCGCUGGUGUGGUUCAUCAGGAAGUUACUGAUCUUUCUCUUUUCCAAACGCACUGAGAGGAACAGUGACAAAUUGGAAGACUUGAAGGCUACCAAAAAAAAGAUACUGGAAGAAGUGAAAGAAACGGAGACGUACAAAAAUGCCAAAGUCAUACUGGAACGCUUUGACCCGGAAGCAAAGAAAAACUCGGAGCUGGAGUCCACCCCAGUGCCACCUCAGAUGACCCCCAGGCCUGGACAAGACAUCCGCCAGCGGGGCGUGGCCAUGAGACCCCCGGGGACCCCAGCCGCCAUGGUGAUGACUCCCCAGCAUGGGGCUCAAACCCCACCGGGCCUUGGGGCCACGCCUGUGGCUCCAGGGGGACCGCCUGAGAGAGCAGUCAUGUCUGCCUCUGCCCAGCAGGGGGCCAUGCCCAGGUCGCCCUACUCCCCUAUACCAGGUGUGGGCUUGCAUCCUCCCGGUCCUCCUCUUUCAAGACCCGUUCUGCCCAGAGAAAGGGGUGCUUUGGACCGAGUGGUUGAGUACCUGGUUGGAGAUGGACCACAGAACAGAUACGCCCUAAUCUGUCAGCAGUGUUUCUCCCACAAUGGCAUGGCUCUGAAGGAAGAGUUUGAAUACCUCGCAUUCCGUUGUGCCUAUUGCUACUUGCUGAAUCCGGCAAGGAAGACGCGACCUCAGGCCCCCCGGCUGCCCGAGUUCAGCUACGAGAGGAAGCUUCGGGCCGAGCCACGAUCCCCGGGGCCGCCGCCGCCGUCCGACACGGAGGAGAGCGCCCCCCCAUCUGGAGCCAAGGCGCCGACGCCGUGGAAUUUGGUCCACAGUUUCCCGAUCCAGCAGCAGAACCCUCAGAAUCGAGCGCUGCACAGUCCAGACGAGCGAGAGCAAGGAGACGACGACGCUCGUCCUGACGGCGUGAAUCCCGUGAGUCACGGAGAUGAGCAACAAGAAAUGGAGACGGAGGAGGAGACGAUGGAGGAGCUUGUCCAAGAAGAAGAGGAGGAAGAGGAAGAGCAGAAAGGAGACCACGCCGCAAGCGAUGCAGAGCAUCGGCCGUCGUAGCCGCGCCGCCUGCAGGAGAAAAGGUGUUUGCAUCCGCCGCCACAGACACUCGAAGCUUGCAAAAUGGCACAUGGAGGACGCAUUUAUGUGCUUAUAUUUAUUAUUAAAUGUCCCUGAAUGAGCCGCUGCUUGAAGGCAAAACCAAUAUUGUUUGUUUAAUACUUAGGAGCCCUUUGUUUACGGCGUAAAGUUAGUAAUUGACUUCACACGAUAUCGCGUUAUUUGGAAAACACGACCAGUGGUGCAGCAACCACUAAAGUGUACCAGAUAAACUGCUUUAAGGUUUGAUGUGCUUUUUGAAAGUCCAAAUGUGAUGUACGAAAUCACACAAUCUAGGCUACAAUAUGUGUUACUUGAAAGAUCAACAGAAUUUAAAGAUCAUGUUUGUCCCGGUUGUUGCUAGGCAGAAUUCAUGGAGCACAAUCAACUGUUUUCCCUCCCAAAAACCCAAUUUAAGAAAAAAAGCUGCUGCUUACAAUUAUAAUACAUUGUCUGUAAUGUAAGGGUGCACAAUUUUUUUUUCUAAAACCAAUACUGAUAAGUUAUGUACAUCUAUAAUUUUUUUUUAACAAUUUAGAUUUAAAUUUAACAUAUUUUUCAUCAAUUUAGAUUGAAAUAUAACAUCAAUUAUUUUUUGACAAUUUAGGUUUACCAUAUUUUCCGGACUAUAGAGCACACAGUCAUAUACACUGUACCAACUAAAUUUUAGGAAAACAUUUUUUUAAUAUAUAUUAGCCGCACCGGACUAUAAGCCGCAGAUAUUUACGUUGUAAAAUGAGCUAUUUACACAGAAAUAUUUUUUUAAAUGUUUAUUUACAUACCUUAAUUGUUUCCAAACGGUGCCUGUGACACGGCAGUAAAACAGCUGAGCAAACAAAACAGAAGUCAUCGUCAUGGACUCACGAGCUGCGCAAGCCAGCUCUCCAAUCAGCUAAAACAGUGACAUUUUGGUGAAUUUACUGAGAACAAUACAAAAACAAUGCCUUUGUAAGUUAAUAAUACUAACACACACUCGUAAAUGUGUUAGCAUUUUAGCUAACGUGGCUAGUUUGAUUACGCGUACAAAUAUGCAUGAAAACACUCCUACAGACAUCCCACAUGGGACGGUUCAGUAACUAAGAAUUGUUUUAGUUAUAUUGUAAAACUUACAAACGUUGCUUUGCGUGAUGAAUGAAGAAUCCAUACGCGUACAAACGCUAUGGAUGCAUGCUUGCCAACCUUGAGACCUCCGAAUUCGGGAGAUGGCGGUGGGGCGGUGUAUAUAUUUUAUAUACUAUAAAUAAUCCGUUCAUGAAUGAGUAUAUCCGUUCGGCCACCGUGUUCAAUGGAGAAGUCAGAUCUACAAAAUGUGCAGGCAGCAUACCCCUUCCCCUUCCAGCUGUCCUGGAUGAACUGAAAUUAUUAUUUCCAAUCAUUUUGGAACUUGCAAGCGUACUUCCUCUUACUAGUCGUCGCCAUGUCUCUUCUUCGUUCUUCUGCUUCGUCUCUGUUAUGUUUUUGGACAUUACUACUUGCCGUAGUUUUGAAGCAAUGCAUGAUGAGAAUCCGGAUGUUGUGUGUCAGUGUAUUAACGUGCCGGCUGGAAUAAACACACGCUGAGAAAUAGCUCCGUGCCUGCCUACUUUAUGGGUUAUAGAUAAACCUAUAGAUAACGGAGACCUAUAUAAUAGUCUCCUUUUCAGGUGAGAGAGGACGCUAAAGGCAGUGCCUUGAAGGCACGCCCCCCAUAUUGUUGUCUGGGUGGAAAUCGGGAGAAAUUCGGGAGAAUGGUUGGUUGCCCCGGGAGAUUUUUGGGAGGGGCACUGAAAUUUGGGAGGCACCCGGGAAAAUUGGGAGGGUUGGCAAGUAUGGCUAGAAGAUAGAACGGCACUUGUACUUCCGGUUCAAAGCUUUAAACAGCAGGAAACACUGUCUGUAGGCAUUCACCCAGCAGCACUUGCAGUGAGUGAACUCAUCCGAAAGAUGGCGACAAAGCAAAAACAAUAACGCAACUUUUCAAUGUAUUUGCAUGUGUUUUAUAAAAAACCGUCCGUCGGCCAAGAAAAGUCCAUAAAUUAGGGUCCACAGCGUUGGGAAAAAGUAGCGGCUUAUAGUCUGGAAUUUACGGUAAUACGGUAAGUGUAAUUUGUGCACACUUUAUGGGGCAGCUUCUUUAGCAGCAGGAGUCUUUGAAGGCUUUCAAAACACAGUCAUAACAAUGCUGGCCUUUCAUACGGCAGAUGUGUUGAAGCGUGAUGUUUUUUUUUUUUAAUUCUUUAAAUAACAUUUGGUGCAAAUAGCAUGCGGAAUGUCUUCCUCUGAAACAGUAAAGAAGUCCGACACGAUCGUUUGUUUACAGCAAGGGGAUGUUUACGACAGGCUGGAUGGAAUAAAAGAGUGUUUGUUCACUAAUUCACCUACAUCACAGUAUGGGUAGAGUUGCGUUUGGACCAGUUGUUCCUCCCAGGGAAUUCAAGUCGCAAGUCGCUCCCAAGCUCUUUACGACACUUAAAGCUGAGUAGAAAAACCACCAGAGACAGAAUAGGUAUUUUGUAAUAUAUUUGCAAAGCUUUCUAAAUACAUUGAGACCAGUCCAGCAUAGAACAUUCAAUCGCGCCGCUAAGAUGGUCUGCCCCCCUCCAAUGAAAAACCCUCUCCCCUAUCAAGUCUCUCUCCCUCCCACCCUCGCAGUCUUGUCCCUCCAGCCCAAACACAUGCCCAUUGUCCUCCGCACCUGGACAUAAGGAUAGAUAAGAGAAAGGAGUAUCUCUCUUUCUUACAUUCCUCACUCAAGGUUAGCACACAGUAUUUGCAGACAACCAAAAGACCACAAUUGGAAGAAAAACACUAGCUGUUUUGUAAUAUGAUUAUGAAAUAAAAGAAGUAACACUUAAAUACGGAUAUAUGUAAAUAUCUGCCUCCGACAGUAGUCACCUCAGUGGAGCGUUAUUUUAAAAUGUAUCAGCUAUUUUUUUCAAGAACGUAUUUAUCUGUAUGACAUAAUUAUCGGUUUGAUAUGCAUCAUACACUCCUACCGUUUUGUACCACUUAAAAAGUCAGCAACACCCACUAGAAAAAUGACUCUGAUAAGCACAAAAAUGUUCAUGAGACAACUUUAUUUAUUUUUCUUUACUGCACAGCACCAUCUGGUGGUGCAUUACGUCGCUUGCUCCCUAAUGCUAAUUUCUCCUUCAGAGAACUGAAGUUAUAAGGACAAAAUGUUGACCUAUGUUGUGUAAAACAUGCUUGAAACUAGAAUAUCAAGUGUUGCAAAGCUGUGUCAUCAACACUCACAAGUACAAAACUACUUUUUUAAAGUAAUCAUUUGUUACUUCAAGCAUGACUUUGACACAAUUGCGUCUCAUAAUUAAAACAGACAACAGCCAAAUGGACUUUGCUGUUUUAUUUUCAAUUAAACAAUAGAAAACACGUACUCAUAUAGUAGUACAGUUGGCACAGUACAGUAAACUGACAGUUAAUAUUUAAACAUUUAACAUGUGACAUUUCUUACAAUUUUGAACAGAAAUAGUUCAUGCACAUUCAGAUAAAUUCCUAAAAAUGUAUACAAUACAAUUAAAAAAAAUUUGGGCGGGGUCCGGGCUGUAUAUAUGUGCACUAAUUGACUGAAAGAGCACGCACUUGGCGCGAUGAUGUCAUGUUAUCCAUGGAAAAAUGCAUUUUUAGACCAUAUGAUUUGCCUGAGUGGCUAGGAGACCCCGAGAGUAACAAGCGGUUGUCUUUCCAUUAAGAACAAUAAAUUAUUUUUUAGUAUAAGUUUGCUGGUUUCAAGAAAUGUAAUGCCGAGUGCAUAUCAUUAUCUCAAGAUAAUGGCACUAGAAUUUACCUAAUUUAAGAAUAUUUUUCAACAUAUUGAGCAAAAAGGUCUCUUUUUUUUUCUACCAAGAAAAGUGCACUUGUUAUUAGUGAGAAUAUACUUAUUUUAAGGUAUUUUGGGGUUCAUUGAGGUUAGCUACUGUAUUUUUCGGACUAUAAGUCGCAGUUUUUUUCAUAGUUGGCCGGGCUCCAGUGCGACCUAUAUAUGUUUUUUUCCUUUUUUAGUAUGCAUUUUCGGCAGGUGCGACUUAUACUCCGGUGCGACUUAUACUCCGAAAAAUACGGUAAUUUGACUUAUAAAUAAAGUUGAUUUGAUUUGAUUUGUUUUGGAAAGUCUUGACAAGCCGAAUUUUCUUUUUCUAUUGGCAGAUAAUUUUGCUUAGUUCAAAUAAAAUACCCCUCAUUUUUGUCUUUUUUUUCUUGUUUUUGAACACUGACUUUUUGCAGUGUAAUGUUUUUUUUUCUUUUCUUUUUUUAAUAGUAUUUUAGAAGGUGCCGUUAAAAAAAUAAGCUGCGGGCCGCACUUCGGACACCCCUGUUUGGGCAAAUUCUUUAGAUAGUUUUAGAUCAAAUUGUAGUUUGAUGCUCGGCUUAACUGUUAGUAGCCGUCCUGCCCAUUUGCAACAUUUUCUCCUUGUCACUAUUGCCAACAAGUAAAAGCUUUUCCAGCUGAA